UUGGCUAUCGUAUCGGUCCUUAUGUUUAAGAUCUAUCGGUUAUUUCGUUGAUUUUGGCUCGGUUUGGUUCCUUUUUCUGGUUAGGGUAUAUUGCCAAAGACUAUCACUUUCCCGGACGACGCAGACACAAAGCCUCCGGUCUCGUCGGAGAUUCUAGUGAACCACGAUUCACCUUAAUCCUCUCUCGUUCUGUGUUUGCUAGAAACUGGGUUUAUCGAAAUCGAGGGGUUUUGUUGAAAUUAUAAAAAUUCCGAUGGCGGAUUCUCAAAUGGGACCUGGUGCUCCCAUUACUCUACAAGAGUUGUACCCUUCUUCUCCGUUUUACAAGGAAGCUGUUUCACUCAGAGUUACAGGAAUGUUGAGAGGAUACUCAGUUGAAACAGCUAUAGGAGUUAUUGAAGAUGGAGGGAGAAGUCUCAAAAUCAAUACUCAAAACCUAAGAGAUGUUAGUUUCAGGGUUGGUUCAAUCUACCAGUUCAUUGGAGAGUUACACAUUGAACAAUCUAAUAAUGAGGCGAUCUUGCAGGCUCGAACAGGAAGAAAUGUGGAUGGAAUCGAUAUGAACCUCUACCGUAAGACAGUUGAACUCCUAAGACAAUUUCUAAAAGAAGAAGGCAACAGCAAUAUGGUUGAAUGAGGCUCUAAUGAUCAGUUACCAUCCAAGUAACAUAACCCACCCACGAUAACAUAUCUUCUUAUCUUUUUGUUCACUUGUAGAUGAAUCUUAGAAUUGGUGGAUUUGUUUUGGUCAGUUGGUUAAUAUGAGCAAUGUUCUCAAAAGAAUGUGUUUGAAUUUGGUUAACCGGUAUGAAAUCCGGUUUGGUAAGUUGGUUAGCUCAAGCAAUUCCGU